GGAACAGAACUCCCUUUCAACCGACAAACGACGACCAACUCAUGAGCAAACGUGCUGUAUCAGAAAAUCAAUCUCAUUUUAAUGUCGAAACAGCUCACACAUACGACGAACAUCCUUUACACAUCGAGAUGGCCAGGAGGUCUGAGAAUCAGUCGCUACACCAUCGAAAAGGGAUAAUGAACGGUCAAUAGAAUCGCAAAGGCUCUUGUCGAUGCCUAUCCAUGGGAUGAGGAGGGAACCACGGUUUUGGAUUAUGCGUGUGGUACUGGUCUGAACUCGCGACAAAUUCUUCCAUAUGUGAUGUCCAUCACAGGAGUUGAUAUCAGUCAGGCUAUGGUCGAUAAAUAUAACGACCGGGCAGAUAAGCAGGGCAUCUCUCCUGCAGAAAUGAAAGCCAUAUGCAUAGAUUUGGAGGGAAAACCGGGGGAACUAGGCGACUCUGAAUUCGAUGUUGCUGUGUGCUGUAUGUCCUAUCACCACUUCGUCAACCCAGCCCAAAUAACGAAGACACUUGCAUACUUUCUCAAACCAGGAGGCUAUUUAUUCGUCGCCGAUAUCGAGAGCACGCCGGAUCGAGAUGAGAUCAUACCGGAAUCUUCAAACCACGUCGUAGUUCACAAAUAUGGGUUUUCUCGUGAGGAGAUCCAAUCCUUUUUCGACAAUGCGAACUUGGGUUCUUUCCAGUUCUCUUGUGCCACGCGCGCCCAGAAGAACGGACGGGAUAUUAAUGUGUUUCUGGCUCAAGGGAUAAAAGUGACCGCGUAGCAAUCUGCAGCCGAAGGAUUGCUCAGCUUGUCACCAGUAAAGAAGACCCAGUACUCCAAUCCAACUAUGUACACCUACGAUGCAUAUGCACCUGCAUUCUUUUUCUGUAAUCUAUC